UUCCCGGGAAAAGCAGCGGCGAGCCUCUUCCCGGCGCCAGCAUUGCAAGGGCUGCCUCCUCCUCCUCCUCCUCAGUGUAGCAACGUCUCCGGCUGGCCGCCGCUGAGCUGCAUUGCUGUAAGGAGCGCGCAACGCUCAGACGCCAGCCAACGCCGCAGUGCCGACCCGGGAGAGGCAAAGCGAGGUCGGGCGAGGAGCCGGAGGCGGAGAGCGAGGCCCUCUGACCCGGCUUCGAGGCCAUGUGCAUUCCGUGCCAGCCCGCUCCUAAUAAAGCGAUGGGGCCGAGAAGCUGCCUCCCGCUUCUUCACGCCCUAUAAAUAUUCAGCCGGCCCCGAAGACCAGCUCGGGUGGCUUGUGGGCUGCCUGACGCCGGCUCAGAAAAGCCGCCGCCGCCGCCUCCUCUGCCUCCACCACCACCGCGGGAAAAACCUGAGGCACCGCAGCCUGUCCGAGAUGCCCCGAGUAGAUGCAGAUCUCAAACUGGACUUUAAAGAUGUCUUGCUCAGACCUAAGCGGAGCAGCCUCCGAAGCAGAGCAGAGGUAGAUCUUACACGUACCUUCUUCUUCCGUAACUCCAAGCAAACCUAUACAGGUAUCCCCAUUAUCGUAGCAAAUAUGGACACUGUUGGUACUUUUGAAAUGGCACAAGUUAUGGCUAAAUACACCAUGUUUACUGCAAUACAGAAGCAUUACACUCUAGAACAGUGGAAGCUGUUUGCAAGUGAUCACCCAGAAUGCAUAGAGCAUGUAGCAGUGAGCUCAGGCAGUGGGCUAACUGAUUUCGAGAAGCUGAUAAGUAUCAUUGAGGCCAUCCCCCUUAUCAAGUACAUUUGCCUGGAUGUGGCCAAUGGUUACUCAGAACACUUUGUGGAAUUUGUGAAAGCUGUUCAUGUCCGGUUCCCAAAGCACACCCUCAUGGCAGGCAACGUAGUAACAGGAGAGAUGGUGGAAGAACUUCUUCUAUCUGGCGCAGAUAUUAUUAAAGUAGGAAUUGGACCAGGUUCUGUGUGCACUACUCGGAUAAAAACUGGGGUUGGCUAUCCUCAACUCAGCGCAGUAAUUGAAUGUGCAGAUUCCGCUCACGGACUGCAAGGACAUAUCAUUUCUGAUGGAGGAUGCAGCUGCCCAGGAGACGUGGCCAAAGCUUUUGGAGCUGGUGCUGAUUUUGUGAUGCUGGGGGGCAUGUUUGCAGGACAUGAUCAAUGUGCUGGAGAUAUUAUAGAAAAAAAUGGUAAAAAAGUGAAGCUUUUCUACGGCAUGAGCUCCGACACCGCUAUGAAGAAGCACGCAGGUGGUGUUGCCGACUACAGAGCUUCGGAGGGUAAAACAGUGGAAGUCCCCUACAGAGGAGAUGUAGAAAAUACUGUUCGUGACAUCCUGGGUGGUCUCCGUUCUGCUUGCACGUAUGUGGGAGCUGCCAAACUCAAAGAGCUUAGUCGAAGGACAACCUUUAUUCGGGUAACUCAGCAACACAACACAACCUUUUCUUAGCCAAAGAAGAAAACCCCAGGCCUUUGGAGAUGUGAAAUUUGCUACGUUCUGUUUCUCCUCCACUUUUCUUUCUUUUUUUUUUUUUUUGCAGGAUGGGGAGGUGAUUAUAUUCCAAACUAGGAAAGAAGCAGGUUGCUUAAUGCCAUUGAUUGUUUGUAAUGGUUGGGUCUGGGCCUAAUGAGAACAAGCCUUGAACUGCUUCUGGGUCCACGAUUUGUUCAGAUUGUUCAGUGGUAUUUUUGUAUCCUUGUCUAUUUAAGUUAAGAAAUCUAGAUUGAUCUUUCGGAACAACCGAUCAGAGGGACUUAGAUGUCCAUUUGCAAAGUAUUUGUCUGUUGGAUCUGCCAUUACCAGAAAAAGCAAAGCCGUUCACAGGAUUUUAUAUUUCAAGUUUCAACUGCUCUUGCAAUGGGUGAUGAAAGUCAGAAGAAUAGGAAAGCAACUCCAAAGCCCAGAAAACCCUCACUGCAUCGAUACUACUCCAGCAUGCCAUCUUGGAAUAGCACUUACAGAAUAAAACAAAUAAUCCUGUUUUAUUUUCACAGAGGCAUCAAGUGCUCAAUUUUUAACGUGUGCUGAUUAUUAUAAUAACCAUUAUAAGUUCUUAAAAUGGUUGAUUAAAUAGUUACACUCCCUUUAUUGUAAUGCUUUGUUGUUGUUGGUGGGGAUAUAUUUCGACAUUGCAAAUGGAGCUACUCUUUGUUCAUUCAGCUCAUUUUGAAGAUGAAAGAGGUAAGCCCUAAUGAUGGUUAAUUAUUAUUUUUUUCCAAUGCCUUUGGGCAAAGACAAGAGAAGCACUGCCAUUCCACAGCUGAGCCUAUGUGCAAAGCCAAAUUAAAACAAAAACCACCAUUCAUUAAAAAAAAAUCUGUUUUCAAAAGAACUGUUUUCAAAAACUACAAAAUAAGACCUAGAAAGAUUUCUCUGCAAAUUGAACAAUCUGAAAUAUUGAUUGAUUAGCUCCGGUCAAACUCAAUUUGUAAGCGUCGGGUGGGAAAACCAGGUUUUUCUCAUCAGGCCCUCUCAUGUGCACCUCUUAUUUUCUUGUGUACAGGGAAUGUAGCACUGCAUUCAUUUCUAUUAAAGAAGAUUCAACAUCUUCUGUUACAAAACUGCGGAAGUAGGGUCAAGACUAGUCUCCUUUAUUGUCAUUAACAGGGUGGAUGGGGGGGGGUCUAAUUUCUGUGAGUCACCACCAGCUUUUCUUAGAAAUAUCAAUUUUAAUCAAGUAGAAUAGAUGGGCAUAGUAGAGAGGCAAGGGAUAUAUGACAAGGGAACAAUUGAAUAGAGUAAGGAACUAUCCCUCAUUCAGUGAUCGUUUUAUGUAGACAGAUAGUCUAGCCAAGAAAUAGGCAUAUUAUGACAGAAGAGCGAUUUGGAAUUACCACUGAUACUCCGAUAUUUUCGUAAUCAAAUCAGAAUUACAAGGAUUUCCCUGCCAAUAAUAGUUCCCAUUAUUGCUUCUGAGAGCCUGUUGGUGGGAUUAGAUUAUUUUAAUCCACGAGGCUAGUUUCUCAUAACCAGGACUACUUAUUACAGUCCUCAUCUUGAAUGUUCUAGAUCUGUUCCAGAGCCUUCUGGAACAGAUUUGGGAGAAACUACAUGAUGGUCUGAAUCUGUUCCACUCGUGAAAUGAUAUUGUUGAUAUUAAGAGAGAUGUCUUCAAAGGAGAACUUUACCCAAGGCAGCAGGGCUAUGAUCCACUUUUUGUCACUGGAUCUUUAAGUAAUCAAAUAUUUUGUUUGGAUCGAACUUGGAUUUGUGUGCAGUCAUCCCCUUGCACACAUAGAUCACACACUGGUUUAGAACUCGUGCAAUUAGGACUGCUUUGAAAGUGAUUCAGAAGAAAUGUUUCAAACUCCAUGAACAGGUAUGAGUGUAAAGAAGUGGCUGCUUCAAGAAUCAUCUUAACAAUGUUUUAAAAGAACCAUCUUAUUUGGCAUCACAUGGAAGCCUGAAAAAAGACAUGCUAAAGUAAUAAAUAGAGAUGUGUUCUGGUUGUGCAAGAUCUAGAUCUCAUUUUCCAUAUCACUAUUGUAAUAUACACAACCUAUCCAUUAUAUGACAUUUUUUUUUCAUAAUUUUAUGAGGCAGUUUUUAUGAGGCAGGAACUUGAUGUAUGCAGAGAAGAUUCACUAUAACAAUCCUGAAGCUGCAUAUAUACAAAGUAGUUUUACUGCAAGUAAAGUUCCUUACUUUUUAAAAUUACCCUAUAGGUCACACUCGCCACGUCACAUUGCCAUGACGUGAUGUUUAGUGACAUUUU